UGGUCGAAAGCGCACGUAUGUGUCUACGCACUUGUUCCGAUCGCGUAUUCAUAAAACACGUUUGUAUUUAAACAUGUGUUAUUAUAACGAAGGAGAUUAUAGAUAAAAUAGUUAACAAUGUGAAAUGCUCGUUUAAUAUGUGAUUUUGAUGGUUAUUUACUAUUGCUAUGGCUUUCGUGUGAGUGUGAAGUUGAUGUAAUGAAAAUGGUCGUGCUGCUGUUACUGGCCAUGUUUGUUGCACGCAGCGUGUCUCAUACGAUCACGCUACUGGAGGUGCCGCUGUGGGCAGACCCGCGGCGCGAGGCCGAACUGCGCUGCCACUACGCGCGCCAGCCGAGAGACCCGCCACUGCACUCCGUCAAAUGGUACCGCGAUAACAACGAGAUAUUCAGAUACACGCCACAAGAGCUGGAGAGCCGAGCAUUCAACAACAGCGAGGUGACGAUCAGCAACAGUUCGUGUUCGCUGAGCGCAUGCGUGGUGUCGGUGCGGCCGGAGCGCGGCGGCGCACGCUACACCUGUGAAGUCUCAAGCGAGGGGCCGCGCUUCGCCGUCGACAAGCGCUCCGCCAAUAUGACACUAGCCGUGUUGCCGGAGUACGACCCGCUGAUCACGGGGCUGCCGACGCUGGUGCAGGCGGGGGAGACGGCACUUGUCAACUGCACCUCAGACUACUCCCUACCAGCUGCAGAGAUCGACUGGUUCGUAGACUCAGAGCCGCAGGAGGACCCGUUGAUAACGGGUGUAACGCACGUGUCUGGCGCGGACGGGGACGGACUGCGUGCGUCGUGGCGCACGCUCCACGUGUUCCCCGAGGACUACGCCACGCCACGCGGCUACCUGUCGCUGCGGUGCCGCGCCACGCUGCACACGCGGCCGCCGCACGUGCGCAGCAUGGCCGUGCGGCUGUACGUGGCUGCACGGCCACACAUAUCAUCUUAUAUGUUUAGUAAAAAUAAUGCAGUGGCGGAGGGCACUUCAGUGAGGUAUCAGAGGGAGAUGUUUCUGUGGACCGUACUCCUGCUGCUUCGGAGACAAGUGCCUUUGUUACUGAAAUGAAAUUAUUGACUGUUUAGGAAUUAAAACGAAUGUAAAGUAUUCUCACGAAAGCUACAAAGGACAGGGAAAGUGAUAUUGUAGAUGUUUAAUAUAGUAAUUAAAUGAAAACAUUAACUGCAACACUCAGAGUCCUUAAUACGUCUCUUAAAUGGCUCAGUGAAGAUUUUAUAAAAGAAAUCUGUACUUAGAUACUUACGUGAAUGACUUUGAGUGUUGCAAUCGAGCAGUAAGACAGAUAAAAAAAGUAUUUUUUUAUUUUUGU